AUGCCUAAUCGCCGUGGGAUUGAUAAGGAUGAAGACCUCAUCCUUCAGUUGAGUGGCAUGGGACUUGAAAAUGCCGGUGCUGACGUUGCCGAUCGCGAAGAAACCGAUGAGAGCGUCAAUAAGAAGCCUUUGAACUGUGCACAGAUUCUCAUGCUGACUUCGCCAGUUUUCAAAACAAUGCUUGGCAAGAAGUUCAAAGAGGCCGCCGAGCUUGCCAAAAUUCCCGGCUUCAAGAACGCGUACAUCACCAACCUCCCCAUCGAUCAUAUCGAGGCAAUGGCUACUCUGUGCCAGAUUUUUCACACCGUCUACGUUAGUCCGAGGUCAGAAACAACAAGUCUUUCUAAAUUGUCCCUAAUCGUCGACCUCCUCCUUAGGUUCUCAGAAGUGUCCUGGAGGAUAUUACUGCAGCAUGAAGGCACCUUUCUAUCGACUUCGGACCAAGUCAAGAUACUUGCAGGUCAUCCUCUGCUGAGGCACGAUAUCAUUCGUAAGCCUAUUCCCAAGUUCCUAUAUUUAAUACAAACCUGA